AUGGUACGAAAAAGGGUUGGCGCACUGGAGAAGGUUGAUGCAGAUCUGCCUAACUUGCAGUACAAAAUUCGUCGAGACCCAAGGUCAUAUACAGAAGAGUUCCUAAAUCAAUAUGGCCAGUACCAGUCACAACGCGACAUAUUUAUGGCGUCCCCCAAUACCGCGAGUUCAAGCGGCAUCAUAUCCUUUUCGAACCUGAUAGAUUUUGUAGCCCACGUCUCCGAUUGUUUUCCAGAAGACACAGCAGAGUUUCCCGAAGAUCUGAAGACCAUCCUCACACUACAUCAUGCAGAAUUGGAAAGCGAAUUGCGGGAGAAGAUUGUGGGUAGUCUGGUCUUAUUGCGACGGAAAGAAAUAAUCGACUCCUCAAAUCUUCUCAAUGCGCUUUUUCCUAUCCUUGUUGCGACACCAAGCAAGACGCUGCGAACAUUACUGUUUCAGAAAAUUCUAUCGGACCUGCGAACGUCGAAUGCGAAAUCGAUUAAUCACCGACUGAACCGCACGAUUCAGACGGCGUUAUUUAAUCUCCUUACCUCUGAUCGCACAUCUUCGAAGGGAAUAUGGGCGGUCAAAAUCACAAGAGAGCUAUGGAAACGACAGAUUUGGACCGAUGCCAAAGCAGUAGAAAUUAUGAAAGAAGCAAGCUUAGCGGAUAACGAAAAAGUUAUUGGAGGUGGCGUUCGAUUCUUCCUAGGAGGAGAUAAAGAGCGGGAGGAGCUCGAAGACGAGAGUAGUGAUGACGAAGCUAUUGAUGUUGGAAAGCUCAAGCAUCAGGCCGGUAUCAACAAAAAGAACAAGAAAGCGAAAAGAACUAUAGAAGACGCGGUGAAGAAGGUGAAACGCAACGAAAAGAAGAAGAACCAACCUCAUCCUCUGAACUUUUCCGCCCUACAUUUACUCCAUGAUCCUCAGGGAUUUGCCGAACAGCUCUUUUCAAAACACCUUCACAAUGGGAAAUCAAAGCUCAAUCUCGAUCAGAAGCUGAUAGUAUUACAAUUAGUGUCACGGCUAGUAGGUCUGCACAAGUUGACCGUCAUCACUCUUUACUCAUACUUUAUCAAAUACCUCACUCCACGUCAGCCUCAAGUUACGUCUUUCCUGGCUUCUCUCGCUCAAGCAACACACAGCCUGGUGCCUCCGGAUGCUCUGGAGCCGCUUGUGCAGAAGAUUGCAAAUGAAUUCGUUUCAGAGGCUUCCGCAUCAGAAGUAGCCUCAGCUGGGUUAAAUGCAAUUCGAGAAAUUUGCGUUCGGCAGCCUCUUGCUAUGAGUGAUACAUUAUUACAGGAUCUUGUUAUGUACAGGAAGAGUAAAGACAAGGGCACAAUGAUGGCUGCUAAGGGUCUACUCUCGUUAUACCGGGAGGUUGGAGCGGAUAUGUUAAAGAAGAGAGACCGAGGAAAGACAGCUACGAUGGGGAUCAAGAGUGGUUCUAUCAAGGAGCGAAGGUUCGGUGAAGAAGAUGCCGGGGGAAUUGAAGGACUCGAACUACUUGAGCAAUGGAAGGCGGAUGAACGGAAAAGAAAACGAGCUGAAAGGGGACUCCCAGAACUUGGUACAGAUGAGGAAGACAAUGAAGACGAUGAGGCGGAAGAGCAAGCCGGUUGGGAUAAUUGGGACGCCGAGUCAGAUGCUAGUGACGAUUCUGGCGGUUGGAUAGCUGUCGAUAGUGAUGAUGAAAUCAACAUUAGUGACUCCGAUGACGAUCAGCCAUCCUCCAAAAAGGUCAAAUUGGAUACCGCCGCAAAACAACCAGAAACAGAGGAGGAAAAAGAAAAGGCAGAUGCCGUUCUAGAGAACAAAAUCUCAAAGUUGGCAACCACGAAGAUCUUGACACCGGCUGAUCUUGCGAAACUCCAAGAACUCCGACUUGAGGCUUCAAUGAACAAGGCAAUGGGCAAGAACAAAACUCAGGCUCAACGUCUGAAAGAAAUUGCUGAUAGGCACGCGGAUGAUGCUCUUACUGCCGACCAAAUCGAAGGUUUCUCUAAACUGCGCAAGUCGACGAAGGAGGAGAUGAUUGCUUUAGCGCGAGAAGGCAAGGGAGAGCGAGGAGAACACAAGAGUACGCAGGCUUUGAGGCGGGCGAAGAAGGAUGCUGAAGGCAAGAGUACGACGAACAAGGAGAAGGCUAGAAAGAAGAAUUUCUUGAUGACUUUGGGGAAAGCGAAGUACAAGCAGAAGAGAAGUUUGACUCAGACGAGGAGGGUGUUGAAAGGUCAUAUUGAGAGGAGUAAGAGAGGUGGUAAGAGGGGUAAUAUUGGAAUGUAG